GCCUCAUCCAGCCUUCGUUCCCUCGUUCCCUCCCCCUCUCUAUCCCGAAUGUCCUCUCGCGCUAUUCGCAAGCUGCAAAAACUGCGCGACCAAGAGUUGCAGCAGGCAGAGCAAGAAGACCAUGACUCCAGCGAAGAUGAGCCGGUAGCACGGCCGUCAAAGCCAAAGUUAAACGCUUUUGAUCUCCUCAACGCGGCCGAGGAUGAAGAAGACGAUGACGAUAGUAACGUCAACGAUGAAGAAAAAGUCUCCGAUGAGGAGAUCCCCGAACCAGUGACUCAGCCGGCGGAACGCGAGCCUGCCCCUACGAAACCUGCCGAUUUGAAGAAAAAGAAAAAGAAGAACAAGAAGAAGGCAUCACCAAAAUCUGCACCAGAUGGACAGACCGGUACCAAGCCAAAGGGCACAGGACUGGAUGACAUUGAUCGCGCAUUGAAGGAAUUGGCAGUUGACCCCAAUCAUUCGACGUCCGCAAAGACUACCGCCGCAUCAACACAGGCCGCACGCGACGCCUCAUUCGCAAAGACACCGGAGGAUCUGCUGGCCAUUGAGCCCAGAGCUCUCAAUGCAAACAAUGAAAUGCGCAAACUGUUCGGGAACGUGGUGUUGGAGAAUUUUGAUCAGCCCCAGGAUUCCGGCCGCAGGAGGGACCGGAACCGGGAACUCGAUCUUGGACAGGCGCUCACGGGAAGAUACAGCCCUGCCAGUCGAGGACAGAGCUUGGCCGGCGUCACACUACGACGAAAUGUUUUGAUGCAGGGCAAAGACGAGUGGCCCCGCGCACCGAGUGGAGGGCUUGGAAUGGAGCUAGCCGAGAAAUUGGAUACGGGGGCUACAGUGUAUCGCAUCGUUCACAAUGCUGCGUAUGAAGAUAUACAGAGGCAGUUUGAUAUUUGUGUGGAGUCGAUGGACCCUCAAAGAAUGAUCUUCCUGUUGCAAUACAACCCAUAUCAUAUCUCAACCCUUCUGCAGGUGUCGGAGAUUGCGAAGCACCAGGGUGAUCAUGCAGUAUCUGCCGACCUUCUUGAGCGAGCUCUUUUCAACAUCGGACGCUCCGCCCACUCAACCUUCAACACCCGCCUCAAGGAAGGCCAGGCAAAGUUGGACUUCUUACAUGGGGAAAACCGUGAGCUAUGGCUGGUUGGUUGGCGCUACAUCGCUAACUUGGGGAUGAAGGGGACCUGGCGGACUGCGUACGAGUGGGCGAAGCUGCUGCUGAGCCUGAACGCCAGCGAUCCUUAUUGCAUCCGGCUUUUGAUCGAUGGGUUGGCUCUUCGUGGCCGAGAGUAUUCUCACUUCGUUGAGCUCUGCACGCAAACGCGAUUGAGCAAGGAUUGGUCAUCGCUGCCAAAUAUCCAAUGCUCCCUGGCGCUGGCCUAUCUCCGACUCAACAAGCCCAAGGAAUGCCGGGAGCAGCUGCGCCGGGCCAUGUCUCGCUACCCCUGGGUGUUCUGCAAGCUGGCUCAGGAGCUGGAUAUUCAGCCCAUGCCCAAACGAAUCUGGGGCAAGAUGCCCCCCACGGAGGCCCAUGAAUUGUUCACGGAACUCUACAUUGCGCGAGCCAAGGAUCUUUGGAACACCCCGGAGGCCGUUUCGCUCAUCGUAGAGGUCGCAGACACCCUGGGCGACGAAGAAGAGCCGGUGGAGCCCCCCGAGAUCACGCUCGACAUUGCUCGCCACGUUGUGGUGUCCGACAUUCCUCGGGUUACGACUCAUCUUCCGGGGCGCUUUGUCUCCGGGCGGAUAUCGGCAUCUGAUCCCCUGCCCCCUUAUGACUCGGAGGCUUUCCGCCAACAGUCCGAUCCCACCCCAUCUUACUUGUCUCAGGUGCCGGAGGUUGGCCGGCCCCAAUGGCUUCGCGAUCUUCUCGAUCAACUCAACAACGGUGCGCUGAACUUUCCCUUCCAACGAGGAGGUGAGGCCGAAGGUGAAGCCGAGGGCGAUGCGCCCGACGGUGCCCCGUUUGUUCCGGACGAAAUUCCCGAACAUCACCCAGUCGCCCAACAUCCGGCGGUCGAUGCGCUGCCGGACUUGGAGCACUGGAUCUUGGGUGACGGCAUGAUCAUUCUAGAAAGCUUCCUGCGCCAGCAUGGAGUGGACCGUGGGAACUGGGGAGACGUGGUGGACUACUCCCCCUUGAACGAGUAUGUGGAUGCCCUGGAUGCUCUCGAGCCCGAUAUGCGCCAGCGGAUGUUCGAGUGCAUCCGCGUGGCCUUGGGUGAGCUGGUGCUGGACAUGCUGCAGGAGGAGCUCCAGCAGCUGCAGUAUGACGAGGAGGACGAGGAAUGAUUCUACGGAGUAGCUCUGAAUACCCUGCUCAGCGAUGAUGUACAAAAUACUGUGAUUCGCCCUCCUGUCCAAAAUAAAGGGGGUUCUUAUGAAUACCACGAGAUCUG